AUUAGUUUAUAACCUGAAUCCUGAACAUAGAACUCAGUAAAAACUCCAGGAUGUCAUUCCAUCAAUUUAAUCGGUGAUUACCUUCCCCCAGGUUCAAGGACUUCCAAAAUUUCUUUCUUCCUGGAGAUGAGCCACAAGGAAUGAGGCAAGCCGAACUUCCAAAGUGAAGAAAUUCGCACAAUAAUUUUAAAAAUAGGAACAUAUCAGUACGCAGGACAAUACUCGGAACAAGUGAAUAUUCUUAAAAAUUUAAUAAUGAAGAAAUAUUAUCAAGCAGCUCUUGCCCUAACCGCAGCCCUCAGUCUUAUCGCCCUUCUGUUCUAUCGUCACGAAUACAACAAAUUGAGGUUCGUCCUCCAGGUCUUCAACUAUUUUGGGAGCCCCUCGAGAAAUCCAUCGAACGAGACUUGCCUCCUGGCAGACAAGCUCCAGCGAGACUUCUCCGAGCCCUCGUCGACGUGGCAACGACUGACGGACAAUCUGCACGUGUUCUCGGCUUAUCACGUCAACGACGAAGUCCGAGUGAUUGCAUUUGGUAGCACCAGCUACCUAAAAACCAACCCCAUCACCUGCAGCAUCCUCACUAACCCCGAGAGCCCCAGAAAAGUCACCGGGAACUUCUCCUUCGAGAUCACCUCUGAGGACGACACCCUAGACCUCGCCUACAUCGGAGAUGAGAAAUUCUACGGUCUCAUUCUGGUGUGCAGGAGUUUGGGGAUCUCCAGCCACGAUAAAAUCACUGGUGUGCAGCUCCUCGACGCAGGGAACACUCGAAAAUCCACAAUAAAGGUCCGAAAUAUUUCCGAAAACGAUGGAAAAAAUGAUUCUGUCGUCUGCGUCGCCCCCACACCAGCAAAAAACGCCUUCAUCGGCAAGAGAAUGGAUCUGGUGACGUUCGUGGCCUUCCACAGGAAUAUCGGCCUGGGGAAUUUCAUCGUCUACGAUUCGGGUAUUUCUGACACCUUCAAUUCAGGGAUGAAAUCAUUAUCUCGUGUUUUGAAUAUGAAUUUUACGUACUCGACGGUCUCCUGGAAUUUUCCAUACGACGUAGAGCCCAGGGUAAUCAGGCACCUCGUGGAGGUCGACUGUCUUUACAGGGGUCUUGGGAGGGCUGGGCUUGCCCUCACCCUUGCCUGGAAUGAGUACGUCAAUCUGAAGUACCAUUCGACGAUGGCGAGUGUCGUUUUGGACUUCAAUAAGGUCUCGGGAGGGGAUAAUCCUCGGGGACCCUUCGGAAUGAGGACCUUCGCGUUUUGCAUGGAGGGACCUGGUGAAUAUCUCAAUUUCUCGACACCCAUGAUCUUGUCGACGACGAAAAGAGUCAGGGGUGAGGGCAGCAAAGAGGAGAGACGUGUCUACCAACUUGGGGACGACGAGCCCUUUGGAAAGGGAAGAGCUAGGAAAAAGCUUGAUGAUCUCAUCGGGAUUUAUAGAUACGAAUUGUGUGAAGGUGAAGAUGUUGUCCAGAAUCAGUUGCUCAGGUUCGCAGAGAACACCCCUGGGUCCAAUAUUUUUCAGUAUUAUCUCACUGGUAGAUUAUUUGGAGAUUGAUUGCUUUUGUAAUUAAUAAAGAGGAUUUUACAAGGA